AUGCCAAUAAUAACUCUGCAAGUCGGCCAAUGCGGCAACCAGGUCGGUCAGGUGCUGUUCGAGCGGCUUGCGGCCCAGUCGGCGGCUACUGCCGACCGCGCUGCUGAUACAGAGAUGUUCCGCUGGGGUCCCGACGGCCGCCGCCGCGCACGCUGCCUGCUCGUGGACACUGAGCCCAAGGUGGUCAACGCGGUGCUCGCUGCAGAUCGCGAGGGGCUCUUCAGCAGGCAGCAGUGCUACAUGGGCCAGUCUGGUCGCGGAAACAACUGGGCCUUCGGUUACAACCAGCUCAACGUCGGCAGCCAGACCAGCGGCUACAGCACCGCCACCGCCGCCGCCAGGCCCGUUUCCCAGCCGCUCGAGUUUCGGAUCCUGGAUCAGCUGUACGACGGCAUACGGCGCGAGGCAGAGGAGGCCGACGGCUGCCCCAACUUCCUGUUGAUCCACUCCUUGGCGGGCGGCUCGGGGUCGGGCAUGGGCAGCCGGGUGCUGGAGCACCUGCGUGCGCAGUUCCCCCUGAGCUACAUUGCGGCUGCGUCCGUGGCGCCCCGUGCCGCCGGUGACACACCCGUGCAGAGCCUCAACUCCGUGAUGGCGCUGUCGUUCCUGCAGGCCUACGCGGACAUGGUGCUGCUGUUCAGCAACCAGGACCUGAUGGAUGCGUGUCAGCGGGCCUCCGUAGCGGCACUACUGCCCGGGGGCGCCCCGGGGGGCCCUGGAGGCGCGGGCAGUGGACUGUCCGACAUCAACCGGCUGGUGGCACACAACCUGACCGGGCUCCUAUGGCCCCUCCACGGCUCGGACGCGCUGGGCGGCGUGGGCCGCAUACGGGACGCGGUAUCCACAGUGGCCGCCGACCCCUGCACCAAGCUGCUGGAGACGUGGACGGUGCACAGCCACCCCAACGCAGCGGUCAGCGGCAUGUGGGCGGACUCGUUGCGGUCGCUGGGUUCCAUCAUGCCGCGGGCGGACCCGCUGCGCAGCAACGCACCCAUCACUACCUCGGGCGCAAUGCUGCUGGCGCGUGGCUACCCGGCCGCAGCGGUGCCGCCCAGCAGCACCGGAGGCAGCGCCCAUUCCGCCUUGCUGGGCGCGUACGUCAAGUCUCUGGGCCCACACGGUGCUGCGCCUGCGUUACUCCCGGAGGUUAAUCUGGUGCUGCGUUGUGGACAGCCAGGUGCGACGAGCCCCAGUCUGACGAUACUCAGCAACCGCUCCAACGUCAUCGGACUGCUGGAGUGCACCGUACAGCGGGCGCUGGCGCUGUGCGACGCCAAGGCCUACUUGCACUGGUACGCGCGCCAUGGCUGCAGUGUGGAGGCUGUUCGGGAGGCGGCUCACAGGUUGAUGGAUGUGGCGGGCUGCUACCGGCAGGUGCACAGGCUGCCGUAUGAUACCUAG